UUGAUCCGUCCGUCAUCGGCAGGGUGACGGGAAUCCUGUCAUCAGGAAACGCAAGGCAGGAGGCACCCUGGACGGGAAGCCACACGUGCAUACAGACACGGAAUCACACGCUACAGGCGAUUUAGAGGUACCAUGUCAUCUAAAUCGUGAAGGUUUUUUUUUUUUUGACUGCAUGAGGAAUCCUGUAUGAAUACAAGGAUCGCAUAUAAAAACUUGACACAGAGCCUGGAGCAUUAAUCGAACCCUCAGCCCUGAAGGUGUGAGGCUGCUGAACCUGCAUUGCUGCGCUUUACACUGUCAAAGUGUAAAGGAAGAAUAAAAGGCGGUUACCACGUUUUUUAAUUUUAAUUUUAUUUUUGCGUUUUUGUCUUUUUGGCUUGUCAGAUGGGACCUGUAGUGUUAAGUAAUACAGAAAAGUUUUCUGUUUGCGGCCUGCAUCUCGGCACCUUGUUUACCUCCCUGGGAUGACAGCGUGUUAUAAAAUAGGUGCCGUAACAGUUUUUCAUGGAACAUAAAGUACAAGAGCAUCUUAUAUAAGAGAAUGUUAAAGGAGUCAGAUUCCGCAGAACUGAAUGUUUACUCUUGAGGCUCCCUUUGGGAUCGGGAUGGGACCGGGCCUGUGGCCCACCAGAGAGGAACGCCACACUCUGCUCCAGCAGCAGUGCCUGUGCCCGUGAGGACCACGUGCCAUUGCCCACCGAAGAUUCCUGCAUAGCCCCUCUGGUCCUACGGCAUCAUGUUCAAGAACAGCUUGAAGAUGCUGCUUAGCGGCGGGAAAUCCAACCGCAAGAACCGCAACAGUGGAGGCAGCUCCACAGACAGCGACUGUGCCUUCGAAGGAGACUACGCUGUGCCCCCGCUGCCGGUGACAGAAGGCAUGCAGCACAUCCGCAUCAUGGAGGGAGUGUCUCGCUCGCUGCCGUCCUCUCCGCUGCUCACACACCAGACCAUCAGCGUGCGGCUGCAGCCCAUCAAGAAGCUCACAGGGGAGUCGAACCAGGAGCUGGGGCCUCCCCCUUCAGUGGAUGAGGCAGCCAACACCCUGAUGACACGGCUGGGGUUCCUGCUGGGAGAGAAAGUGAGCGAGGGGCAGGCCGCACCGCAGUACGGCAUGGAGGACCAAGAUGACAACCAGGGUCUGUCAGCGACCCAGCGGAUCAGCCCCUGCUCCACUCUGACCAGCAGCACUGCCUCCCCGCCAGCAGGCAGCCCCUGCUCCACCCUGCCCUCCGCCACCCCCGGCAACCCCGGCAAUAAGGACUGUGCCUACGGCUCCGUCACCAGCCCCACCUCCACCCUUGAGAGCAGGGAUAGCGGCAUCAUCGCCACUCUGACAAGUUACUCAGAGAAUAUGGAGAGAGGCUCACGGGGGAACCUGAAGCUGUGGCAGUCGCAGAAGUCCGGCAUGGACUCGUGCCUGUACCGCGUGGAUGAGAACAUGACGGCAUCUACCUACAGCCUCAACAAGAUCCCAGAGAGGAACCUGGAGACCAUCUCGUCCCACUCCGUCCAGUCCAUCCCCCUCUACCUUAUGCCUCGGCCCAACUCUGUGGCAGCCACCAGCUCCGCCCACCUGGAGGACCUGGCCUACCUGGAUGAGCAGAGGCACGCCCCACUGCGCACCUCCCUGCGCCUGCCGCGGCAGAGCUCGGGCGCCGGGCGCUCCGGGCAGGACCUGAGAGGUAAGAGACCCCUGGGGACUCCUCACGGCUCGCGUGACUCAACCUCCAAACCCGCUAGGCGCCCAUAUGCGUGUGAGUUCGUCUGCGUGUCAGCAGAGGGCCGUGUGUGGUCUCGUUCAGAGUGUUUGCCUCUGACUCCCCUGCAGUAAAUAUAGUAGCAUAAAAUGUUGAAAUUAUAUUAAAGCUGCUUAGAAAUGAAGAGCCACCCUCAUGACACAUCGUGUACCACCAACGUCCCCAAUCCACUAGGGCUGUGUGAGAGAGAAUGGGCAGUUUGGCAAGGCCAAAUGCUGCUAGUGGUACUGCCAGGGGCUUUGGGGACAUAUGACAGUAUUUAGGGCCUCCUGCCCGAGAGGGAAAUCAGCAGAACUGCCUGUUUUUGUGGGCUUGACUCUCCUCAGGACCAGUCACUGUGCACAGCGCCACUCUCUCCCCUGCAGAUUGUAAAUCUCAAUUUGUUGCCGGCCCUGCUUCUA